AUGGCACUCAAAUUCCUCACUGCCCACAGCGGCUCUUCCGGAACCAGCAGCAGUGUCAAAUACUUUGAUGUCCGCCUGGGCAAUGACUAUAUCGUCUUUCGCGGAAACGAGGACGAGUCUUCCAGCGCCGAGCUGUCCGGCUCGGUGGUCCUGUGUCUCACAGACAUCAUGAAUAUCUCUCACAUUUCCCUGACUCUGAGUGGAAUCGUUCAUAUGUCAUGGCAGACCUCCUCCACCUCCUCCAUGUCUGGUAGACGUUCCACUUACAAAGAAAAGACCUUCUUCGAGAAGAAUUGGGUGUUCCUCGACGCUGCCAAAGGAAAGACCGAAACCCUCCUGCCCGACAACUACGAGUGGCCCUUCCAAUGUAUCCUCGAUGGCGCAUUGCCCGAAAGUGUCGAAGGCUUGAAGGAUGCUUGGGUCAUCUACCGUCUCAAAGCAGAGAUCGUGCGGAAACGAGGUCGAGACAUCGUUGUGAGAAAGCCUCUGCGCAUUGUUCGAACCCUAGAUUCCAGUGCGUUGGAACUGGCUCACGCCAUGUCUGUCGAGAACAUCUGGCCGAACAAGAUCGAAUAUUCCAUCAGCAUACCGAACAAAGCCGUCGCCUUCGGAUCAUUCGUCCAGGUCGACUUUAAACUCAUCCCUCUCCUCAAAGGACUGGUCAUUGGAAACGUUUCGACUCAAGUCAAGGAGGAGCAAGAAUUUGUCGUCGACCCUGAAUGGGGUGUGCAUGCGAUGAGCAACGGCGUCACGAAACACGAUCGCGUCAUCGUCUCCGACAUGUACAAGAUCAAUCCGGAGAGCGAUGAGCAAAUCCUCGACGAAGAGGCCGAGGGCUUUCAAUUCUCUCGCUAUCUGGAACUGCCAAAGAGCUUAAAUCAGUGUCUACAAGACUGUAACGCAAAAGGCAUCAAGGUCCGACACAAAGUCAAGUUCAACGUUCAGCUGCACAACCCCGAUGGACAUAUCUCCGAACUUCGAGCGAACCUUCCCGUUUCAUUUUACAUCUCCCCCAGCUUGCCCAUAAACGAAAAUAACGAUCUGGUCGACCAAACCCCGCAAGCGAGACGUGCGGCCGUUGCCAAUGAUUUAGCAAACGCCGCCCCUCCAGUCUAUGGAAAGCAUACUCUGGAUCUGCUAUACUCAGAUAUGGACGGAUACAGGACUCCUGGAAUGACCCUGUCCAAUCCUGGAACACCCUACCUUCAUAGCCGGCAUGCCUCUUCCGAUAAUCUUGCCAGUCUUGCGGCCAUAACGAACGGAAACUAUGUCUCCCCUACCGCUCUCGAGAAUAGGCUUCAGGAUUUGCGGGGAGGAGGUUCGUCGUUGCCAAGAGAGGCAGAGGGCGAGCGCUAUCUCGCUGCUGGCGGACCCCUCCGGUCAAGAAGUAAUUCUGCUUCUCAGCCAUUAUCUGAUGACUACUUCAACACCCAUAGCCAAUCAAAUUCGUCCAAUACUAUCCGACUCAGUCCUUGCGAGGUGGCUUCUUACUCAGGUGGCCCAUUUGGAUCAUCAAGUCAACCAGGGAGCAAUAUUAUGUCGAGAAGGACGUCGGAAGAAGAGGACAGCCAUCAAUCAGGGGCUCGCACACCGUUCCCUCAAUAUGAUCACAUGGAGGAUCUGGAUCUGGCCAAGAUUCCUUCCUAUUCGACAGCGGUCAAGACUCCAGCUCCGAGAACAAACAGAAGUUCGAGCACACUGCCAACUUACGAUACCGCCGUGCGAGAACCCACCCCUCCAGCCCUGGCCGAGCCGCCAACCGCAUAUAUUCGCUCGGCUCCAAGAAUCCCCGGAAGCCUUUCUUCCAGCCCUUCGGAUUUGGGCCUCCUUGGAUCGAGACAUGCAGCCCCUCACAGAAUUGUCAACACGAUUCAAGAUGAGGAGCGCAGGUUGAGAUUGUUGCAGCAAAGGGCUCGGUAG